AAAAAAUCGAUUAAUAUUUGCACGAUAUUUCUUAUCGAUAUGAUACAAAUGCACAAAGUAAAAUUUGCUUUGAUGUUUACAGAGUGUUUAGUGUUUAUGAUUUGGAGUGACAAGCUUACUAGCGAUGGUAGUGGGUGUGGAAUAUGUGCUCUGAAAACAAUAUUGUGAUCUUAUAAAAUUGUGCUAUUUCAUGUCAUUUGGAUUUACUGGUCCCCAGUCUAGUGAUAUUUUUCUUACGAAUGAAAAAUGUCUGUUAUGACAAAAGGGCCCACUCUCUAUGAUUUUCUCCUGGAAGCAGAACUGUCUCAUUAUUUCAGUCCUUUGAAGAAUGACCUGAAAGUGACCUCAGUUGCCCAGCUGAAAUAUGUGGAAGAAGAUGACCUCUCACAAAUGGGUAUGACCAAGCCUGAAAUGAGAAGGCUGCGCAAGUAUUUCCAAAAAUACUGUCCGCAGACGUACCUUCGGAAAAUUAAGAAGAUGAUCCUUCCUAAAGUGAAGGAUGAUUCAGAUAGGGCUUCCAUUUAUUUCAAUGACAACACUCUGGAAAAGAACAAUAUAAAAGUUCCCAGCAAACACAUCAUACCCAAAGACAACAUAGUCAUCAACAAAGAGCUAGGAGUGGGAGAAUUUGGUGUGGUUCAGCAAGGUGUUUGGACCAAUGAGGAUGGAGAAAGGAUCCAGGUGGCGAUCAAGUGUUUGAGUGAGGAGCGCAUGCAGAAGAAUCAUAUGGAAUUCUUGAAAGAAGCUGCCAUCAUGCACACUAUUGAUCACGAGAGCAUCGUUCGCCUGUACGGAGUUGUACUUGAAACCAACACUCUUAUGCUGGUUACAGAACUUGCUCCUCUUAGAUCCCUACUGGAGUGCCUUAAGGAGCCAGUUCUCCGUCCGAGUUUUCCCGUCAUCUCCCUCUGUGACUUUGCCCUACAAAUAGCUGAAGGUAUGCAGUACCUAGAGAAUAAGAAACUAAUCCACAGGGACCUGGCUGCCAGGAAUAUUCUCGUCUUUGCAAAAAAUAAAGUGAAAAUUAGUGACUUUGGCUUAUCUAGGGCUUUAGGAGUUGGCAAAGAUUAUUAUCAAACUAACUUCAAUGUUAAUUUGAAAUUACCGAUUGCAUGGUGUGCCCCUGAAUGCAUCAACUAUCUCCGUUUCACAUCAGCCAGUGAUGUUUGGGCUUAUGGCGUGACACUAUGGGAAAUGUUCAGCUAUGGAUUUCAACCUUGGGCUGCUUUGACCGGACA